GCUCUUUUAUAACUUCAUAUUUCUAUAUAGGAAUGUUUCAAAAUGGUGCUGGGACAGACAGAGGUGGAGAAAACCGGAGUAGUCACCAAAAUCAGUACCAAGAGGAGAACUGUUCUACCUUUUGCAGCAUACAGAUGAAGGCCAGAGGAAUCAGUUCAUCUCUGAUCUCAGCUAAACCCAUGGCCACCAAGGUAUCUGUUGACUUGGACAGUGAUUUCAGAGGUUCUGGCUCAUCUCACAUUCAAAACUCCACUCUAAAACAUCAGAGUGCCAGUGAAAAUACAAGCAAAUAUUUUAGACAGCACAGACCAUCAGUACUACGCAAAGGCAACCAGCCAUUCCCACAAGCAUUUGGUGUUCACGACUGGGUUGUGGACACAGUGUGUAAGCCAGAACCUGACAGUGACCCGUCAGACCCUGUGCCACUUUGCAACAGCCAGUCUGAAAGCAGACUCUGUGCCUCUGUGUCAAGCCCUCAGCCUGGCAGCACAGAGCAUAUGGAGAAACACCUUUCUACUGAACAUGCUCAUGGGGACAGAUGUAUAGCCCAGCUGAGGAUGCAGAAAGACAAAGUACAAUACAUGGAGAAUCAGUUGACCGCAGAGAGACAGAAACUGCAGGCUAUGCAGUUACACCUAUUUGAUGUCACAUCUACCUCUGAGGAUGAUAUCGGUGUGGAGAACCCGGGACAUCUGUCAGGACAUCUGUCAGGACUCCUGCAACCUGCAGCAUUUCAGAACGCAAAUGGUGUUUAUGACAAUGAGAGAGCAGCAGCUGAAGCGUUAACACAAGGAUUCUGGCAGAUCUCUACCUCACAAGUUAUACCAGGGAUUAUCCCCAGUUUUGAGUAUUAUAAGUUCACAAAUAUUAGGCCACCUUUCACCUACGCCUCGAUGAUACGAUGGGCGAUCCUGGAGUCCCCUGAGAAGCAGCUUACUCUGAAUGAAAUCUAUCAUUGGUUUACCCGCAUGUUUUUCUACUUUCGUCACAACACUGCCACAUGGAAGAACGCUGUCCGGCAUAACCUCAGUCUUCAUAAGUGCUUUGUGCGUGUUGAAGGCAGGAAAGGUUCUGUUUGGACUGUGGAUGAAGAGGAAUUUCUGAGAAGAAAAGGACAAAGGUUUCACAGGGACCAGGAUAUGGGCUGGAUGGCACCUUUUCACCUGUUUCCUGUGAUUCCACAAAGUGAAACUCCUCAGAUGUGAGGCUCAAAUGGACUCAUUAAGAGAUCGAAACAACAUUUCAACCACUAACAAUAUUAAAAACUUUUUUUUUUUACUGUAAGAAUGAUAGAUAUGAUUGUUUAAAAUGGUUGUUUGUAAAUGUAUAGGUGGCAGUCUAUUUCAGACCUAAUUAUGUUUUUCUUUUUUGGAAAAAGUGUAAGGAAUCAGUAUGUAGUUUACAUAAUCCAAAGAUAAAGUUAAGAAGUGGGUGUUCAGCAAACUUAUUAUCCUUCUUGCAUGUAAAUGUACCUAUAAAAAGUACAAGUACAUACAUUUUUAUAAUGCCUACAGAGGUACAUCAAUUAUAUGAAUGGUAUCAUAUGUAAAUGCAUUUAAUAUGGUGCUUAAUUCAAUAUUGAUAGCUAUGCUGUUAAACAAUAACCGUAUAAAAAUGUCUUAAAAUAUUAUACAUCCAAAUAAAGGUCAAAAUCUAAAUGCAA